ACCUGAUCGGCUAAAUCCUGCCCGCGUGAGCCAUAAUUCGUUGUGCACUAUGUUCGUAUGUUGUCUAUGAGCCUUUAUCACUAUCGCUUGUUAUUAAAGGGAAAAUUUGUGAAAAAGCCGUCGUUAUAUGCUGUUAACUUGCAGUCAAGUUGUUUGACCAUGUUUUGUAACUUACGACCAUGUCGUUCUCCGUAGUAAAAGUGGAUUUGCUCGUUCUCCAUGCUGUUGUUAUUUUAUCUGUCUAUGCAAACGCAGUGCUGAUGUCCGUGCCAAAUGCCAAAAGUGCAACCCUUCCCGUCGUAAUUAAUACAUGGCCGUUUACCAAUGCAACCCUGGUGGGAUGGAAAGCCCUGACCGCACCCGGAGGAACCGUCUUGGAUGCCGUGGAAAAAGGAUGCAAGCAGUGCGAAAUUGAUCAGUGCGAUGGCUCUGUGGGUUACGGCAAUCAUCCUGAUGAGACGGGCGAAGUGACACUGGACGCUAUGAUUAUGGACGGGAAAACCAUGGAUGUGGGUGCAGUUGGUUGUCUGAGGCGGAUAAAAGACGCGGUGUCAGUAGCGAGAGCUGUGUUGGAGCGCACCACGCAUACAUUAUUAGUCGGAGAAGAUGCUACUAAGUUUGCCGUGUCGAUGGGAUUCGAAGAGCAAAAUCUGAACACAAGUAAUUCGGAUUCUAUAUGGGAGAAAUGGCUUAAAAAUAACUGUCAACCAAAUUAUUGGCAAGAUGUCAAUCCUGACCCGAAGUCAGCAUGCGGUCCGUAUCACCCGCGGAUAUCGGCGAAUAAGGCGUUCUCUUCGCGGAACGAAGAACUCGUCGACUGGAAAAACCACGACACAAUUGGCAUGAUAGCCAUUGAUCAAACCGGCCACAUUGCUGCUGGAACGUCAACUAACGGAGCGUCCCAUAAAAUUCCUGGACGAGUGGGUGACUCACCCAUUGCGGGAGCAGGAGCGUAUGCCGACGAUAACAUCGGCGCAGCGGUCGGCACCGGCGACGGAGACCUGAUGAUGAGAUUUUUACCUAGUUUCAGGGCUGUAUUAAAUAUGGGAAAUGGUAUGGACCCGACAGCCGCAGCUACCGAAUCCAUUAAGCAGGUUGCCAAAUUUUAUCCGGCUUUUUCCGGUGCUAUUGUGGCUGCUGAUAACACUGGGCGAUAUGGUGCUGCUUGUCAUGGUUUCCAAAAGUUUCAGUAUUCCGUCUUUGCUGCGGGCUUUAAGGAAGUGUUCGUCGCGACUGUUGACUGUAGUCAGCAAUCAGAACAAUAUAUGCCUCCUUAAAAUUUGUUAGUUACUUUUAAUUGAUAUUUAUGUGAUUCCAGUCUGUGAUCGUUUAUGGGAAAUUUGUUGUUGAGAGCAACUUUGUGUAACUGCCUUGGUUUGUACGAGUAAAUACGAAUAUAGACUGCAAAGUACAAACCAUUGCAAGUGUUUCAAAUUUCAAAUUCAGUUUUACAAAAUGUUACAAAACGGCAAAGCCGUAAAA